UCUCAGGGAGGAGGUCUCACUCUGACUCAGACUCCGAGUACAGCAGCAAAACUUUUUCCGCUUAGUUGCGACCCGGUUCGGUUCUGUUCUGUUCUGCGCCAUCAUGUCCGGAGUCGCCUCCACUCUGGCCAAGAAGCGGGCCCUGGCCGCGGGGUUCGGAACCAACUCCAACGCGAUUCGGUACCUGAACCAGAACUUCGAGGCCCUGCGCGCGCAGUGCCUCUCCUCUGGGAAGCUCUUCUGCGACCCCACCUUCCCGGCCGAACCCGAAUCUCUGGGCUUCAACGAACUGGGUCGGAACUCCAGCAAGACCCGCGGAGUCACCUGGAAGAGGCCCACGGAGCUGGUCUCAAAGCCAGAAUUCAUCGUGGGCGGUGCCACCAGAACCGACAUCUGUCAGGGAGCGCUGGGUGAUUGCUGGCUGCUGGCUGCCAUUGCCUCUCUGACCAUGAACGAGUUUGUGAUGGCGCGAGUCGUUCCCACAGACCAGGGGUUUGGAGACAACUAUGCAGGAAUCUUCCACUUCCAGUUUUGGCAGUUUGGGGAGUGGGUGGAUGUGGUGAUUGACGACAGGCUUCCGGUUAAAGACGGGAAGCUGCUGUUCGUCCACUCGGCGGAAGGUCGGGAGUUCUGGAGCGCCCUGUUGGAGAAGGCCUAUGCCAAGGCGAAUGGCUGCUACGAAGCCCUGUCUGGUGGCUCCACCACUGAGGGCUUCGAGGACUUCACCGGAGGCAUCGCAGAGAACUAUGACCUCAACCGGCCACCGUCCAACCUGUUCCAGAUCAUUAAGAAGGCGCUGGAGGCCGGCGCUCUGCUGGGCUGCUCCAUUGACAUCACAAGUGCUGCAGACUCUGAGGCGGUGACUCGACAGAAGCUGGUGAAAGGCCACGCCUACUCGUUGACGGGGGCCGUGGAGGUGAACUACCGCGGGCAUCAGGAGAAGCUGGUUAGAAUGAGGAACCCCUGGGGUCAGGUGGAGUGGACCGGAGCGUGGAGCGAUGGGUCUUCUGAGUGGAGCCACGUCCAGGGGGACUGUCCUCACGCCAACUCAGAGGACGGAGAAUUCUGGAUGUCGUUCAGUGACUUCCAGCGUCACUACUCCCGAAUCGAGGUGUGCACUCUGACUCCCGAUACGAUAGAGGACGACUCCGUCAAACACUGGAGUGUCAGCAAGUUCGACGGCACCUGGAGGAGAGGCUCCACAGCUGGAGGAUGCCGGAACCACCCCUACACUUUCUGGACGAACCCUCAGUUUGUGAUCAAGCUGGAUGAGGAAGAUGAUGACCCUGAUGACGGUGAGGUGGGCUGCAGCUUUGUGGUCGGUCUGAUCCAGAAGAACCGCAGGAAGCUGCGCCAACAAGGCGAGGACAUGCACACCAUCGGCUUUGCCAUCUACGAGGUUCCCCGGCAGUUCCACGGACAGAGGGAGGUCCACCUGGACAAGAACUUCUUCCUGACCCACGCUCAGACGGCGAGGUCAGAAACCUUCAUCAACCUGCGGGAGGUGAGCUCCCGCUUCAAGCUGCCACCUGGAGAGUACCUGGUUGUCCCGUCCACCUUUGACCCGCACCAAAACGGAGACUUCUGCAUCCGAGUGUUCUCUGAGAAGCAGACCGAGACCGUGCCCUGUGAUGACCCGGUCAGCGCCGACCUCAGUGACGAGACGGUGUCGGACAACGAGGUGGACUCCGGGUUCAGGAACCUGUUCACUAAACUCGCGGGAGCCGACAUGGAAAUCUCCGCCUACGAGCUCCAGACCAUCAUGAACAAGAUCGUAGCCAAACGAACUGACAUCAAAACAGACGGAUUCAGCCUGGAGACCUGCAAGGUCAUGGUCAACCUGAUGGACGACAGCGGGAACGGCAAGUUGGGCAUCGGAGAGUUCGCCACGCUGUGGAAGAAGGUGCAGAAAUACCUGUCGAUCUACAAGCAGAACGACUCGGAUAACUCUGGAACCAUGAGCACUCCGGAGAUGAGGGUGGCCUUUAAGGACGCAGGUUUCUCCCUCAACAACACCAUCUACCAGCAGCUGGUGGCCCGGUACUCGGACCCGGACAUGACCAUCGACUUUGACAACUUCGUGGCGUGUCUGAUGAGGCUGGAGAUGAUGUUCAGGAUCUUCAGGAAGCUGGACGCCCACCAGAGCGGCUCCAUCGACCUCGACCUGAACCAGUGGUUGAACUUCACCAUGAUCUGAACCAGAACCGCUCUGCUUCACGCCAUCAGCUGCAGCUUCUCUCUCGUCAUAUUAUAAUCUCUCCUCCACCAGCCGACUGUCCCUGAACCCUUCUGCUCUGCAGGUCCAUUUGGACCGGCGCCACACAGAACCUGUUAGUCAGGCUUUUAUCUGCCGGCUGCUCUUUACCGGAUCAUUAAAGUGUUUCCAUGGCGAACGCA